AUGUACGGCUCCGGGGGCAAGAAGUCGCUUUUUGGCGGCAACCUACCAGCCCCGAACAACUCGGCAGCGCCGCUGCUGAGCGCACAGGACCACCAGUUGUUGGUGUCUGUUUGCGGCGACAGUUGGGCAGACGAGAAGUAUGCCUGUUGUGACAAUGACCAGUUAAACGAUCUCCAGACACAGCUCCACAAAGCAGAGCCCCUGAUCAGCUCGUGUCCAGCCUGCAAGGAUAACUUCUUCCAGCUGUUUUGCCACUUCACGUGUUCCGCAAACCAGUCCACGUUUGUCAACGUGACACGUACCGGUACGUCCCUGUCGGGCUCGCCAGUUGUGGCGGAGGUUGACGUGCAGGUGGACACAGCCAUGGCUGUCCAGUUCUACGAUUCGUGCAAAAACAUCAAGUUCAGUGCCACUAACGGAUACGCUAUGGAUCUUAUAGGAGGAGGAGCCAAGAACUACUCGCAAUUUCUCAAGUUCUUGGGCGAUGAGAAGCCGAUGCUGGGCGGCUCGCCAUUCCAAAUCAACUUCCGCACCCAUAACGAGACCGGCCUGGCGUCGUUGGCGCUGUCAUUCCAUGCUUGCGACGACGAAGACGAAAACUACAGGUGCGCCUGCGCAGACUGUCCCGGCUCGUGUCCCGCGCUGCCGAAGCUCAAACGACAGGAAUCCUGUCGGGUUGGCGUGCUCCCGUGCUUCUCAUUCGCGGUCAUCUUGGUGUACUCGCUCGGCCUCACCUUGUAUCUCGGGCUUUACGCUGUGGCCGUGGCGCGAACGCGGUCACAAUCGCUGUUCCUCGACCAACUUGAGUCUACAGCAUUGGCCGGCUCUGACACCGAGCUGCUCGAGGGUUCCGGCGAUCAGUUCGACAAUUUCGACCACUAUGUGGCCAGGGACUCGUACAUUGUGAACAAUGUGCUGGAGAGAUGGUUUGCCAAGCUAGGCCUCAAGUGCUCACAGAGGCCGUGGCUGGUAAUCGGCCUAGCGGUCGGCGCGUCUGUUCUGCUCUCGCUGUUUGUGCUCAUGACCCAGCUAGAGACUAACCCGGUCAACCUCUGGGUCAGCCCAAAGUCCGCCUCGUACCUCGAACGCAAGGUGUACGACGAGAGUUUUGGUCCGUUCUACCGGACGCAGCAGAUUUUUGUUGCCAAUGCUAGCGGUGACUCUGUGCUCCAGAACUACAGAGCUAUCGAAUGGUGGUUUGCAAAGGAGCAAGAAAUUGCUGCGUUGACAGCACAGGUGGAUAAUACGACUGUCGCGUACGAAGACUUGUGUUUCAAGCCGUUGGGAGACACCUGCGCGCUGGAGUCCUUCACGCAGUACUUCUACGGCGACAUCGGCCAGCUGCCCGAGAGCUCGUGGCAGACCAAGAUCAAGGACUGCGCAAACUCGCCUGUCAACUGUCUGCCUUCGUUCGGCCAGCCCCUCAGGCCGCAGCUUGUGUUUGGCGGCUUUAGCGACUCGGUGAUGUCCGCGAAGGCGCUGGUGGUCACGCUGCUCCUCAACAACAACAACGACCCACACGAUCCUCAGAUCAAAAACUCGCUGGCGUGGGAAGCCGUGUUGGAGAAAUAUCUCAGCGAGUUGCAGGUCGAGGCGCGUGACCAUGGCCUCGUCAUCAGCUUCAGUACCGAGCUCUCCCUCGAGAAGGAGCUCAACAAGUCGACCAACAGCGAUAUCCGCAUCGUCCUCAUCUCGUAUCUGGUAAUGUUCGCGUACGCGUCGAUUGCGUUGGGCAGCGGCGGCCAGAAGCAACAGAUGAACGUCGAGUCCGGCUCACCGCUUGCAGUUCUGAUCCGCACACGUUUUGGCCUCGGUCUCGUGGGUAUAUUUAUUGUGCUGCUCUCGGUAUUUGCAUCGGCUGGAUUUUGGAGUCUGUUCGGCCUCAAGUCGACGCUCAUCAUUGCAGAGGUCAUUCCGUUCCUCGUCCUAGCCAUCGGCGUAGACAAUAUCUUUCUCAUCACCAAUGAGCUCCAUAACUGCAACCAUCUCAACUACAACAACGACAACAUCCAUGUGCGCAUAUCCAAGACGAUGGCCAAGAUUGGACCCAGCAUCGUCCUCAGUACCUCGUGCCAGUUCAUCUGCUUCCUUCUUGCCAGUUCCGUCGGGAUGCCUGCCGUCAAGAACUUUGCGCUCUACUGCGCCCUCGCUGUCGUGUUCAAUUCGGCGCUGCAGCUUACCGCGUUCGUUUCUGUGCUCUCACUGGACCAGCAACGCGUCGAAGACCUGCGUCUGGAUUGUCUACCGUUUAUUAAGCUGGACGGAAACUACACUCCGGUCUCGCUGCCUGAAGACACUCCGGACAACCAGGAAGGCUUGUCGCAGCUGCUCGAAUACUCCAACGACAACGUUUUCAACAAGUUCGUGCGAAAUUACUAUGCUCCGCUGUUGUUUGACCGCAGGGUGGUUAAAUGGAGCCUAGCUUUUUUCGCACUGCUACUGGGUCUGUCCCUGUCGUUGCUGCCAGGAAUCGAGCUUGGAUUCGACCAACGUAUAGCCAUCCCGUCCGACUCCUAUCUGAUUGAUUACUUCAACGCUGUCUACGAUUAUCUUGAGGUGGGGCCUCCGAUAUUCAUGGUUGUGUCCUCGCUGGACGCCACAAAACUGGAGAAUCAGCAAAAGCUCUGCGGAAGAUUCACCACUUGCGACGAGUACUCUCUGGUGAACAUGAUGGAGCAGGAGUAUAAACGCGGGGAACUGAGCACCGUUAACGACCCUGUUAGCAGCUGGAUAGAUGACUUCCUGCUAUGGCUCAACCCUGAUCUCACAGACUGCUGUCGUUUGAAAAAGUCGAACGAGUCCGAGUUUUGUACGCCAAACAUGCCCUCCAGACAAUGUGCUGUCUGCUACGAGGAUAGAGAAUGGAGCUUUAAGAUGGAAGGGUUCCCCGAGAAUGACACCUUCAUACGAUUUUUCAAUCAGUGGAUCGAGUCACCGUCUGACCCGUGCCCGCUGGGAGGAAAAGCUCCGUACUCCGGCUCAAUUUUGCAGGACGAAAACGGUGCAAUUGUGCGGUCCGCAUUCCGCACGUCGCACGUGCCGCUGAGGUCUCAAAGCGACUUUAUCAAUGCAUAUCACCAGUCCCUGCGCAUAGUCAAGGAAAUCAAAUCGCGUCUGGACUUAGACAUCUUUGCAUACUCCCCAUUCUACAUUUUCUUUACCCAAUACGAGACGAUCGUUUCACUGACAUUCAGACUACUCGUCUCGGCGCUGAUCCUGGUCUACGUGACGAGUUCGUUCCUCCUUGGCUCGUUCCGGAACUCGGCGAUUCUCGUGGUGAACAUUGUCUCAAUCCUUGUCAACAUUGGUGGAGCAAUGGCCAUUGGUGGUAUCUCGUUGAAUGCCGUUUCUCUGGUCAACAUAUUGAUCUGUCUGGGCCUGUCAGUGGAAUUUUCCAUCCAUCUGGUGAAGGCGUUCAAUUUCACCGAGGACGAUGCCAAGUCCGACUCCUUCUCGAGAGCGUACAAUGCGUUGAUCCUCAUUGGGGGCUCGACUCUGAGCGGGAUCACGUUGACGAAACUGAUUGGGAUUGUUGUCCUAGGCUUCACACGGUCUAAAAUAUUCCAGAUCUACUAUUUUCGCAUGUGGUUCAGCCUGAUCGUGCUGGCUUCGAUCCACUCUCUUGUGCUGCUGCCGCUGCUGCUGAAGAUCUUUGGCGGAAAAGGCUACCAGGUCUCGAGCUUUGCCAACUCAAACAGCCCGGAGGUGGUGAGACGUCUACGUCAGGAAGAAAAUGCGUCCUAG